AUGUCAUUUCUCAAUCGCUUAAGCAGCUUGUUCAGCCCAAAGGCUGCUUCCCCAGGCGCCGUCUUGGCGGCGACAGUUACCAAGCCAGCGUCUCUAGGGUUUGUACCAGUUGCGAUCCAUUUCGAUCUGUUUGGCAUCUUGGUGAGGCAUGGAGGCCCUGCAACUGCAGAAGACAUCGCCAGCACUUGUAACGCAGCCCGAACUAAGACGGAACCCGAGAUUUCCACCCUGCUUAUCUCGGACACGCUCUACAUCAUGUCUGGGCUGGGGCUGGUGGACCGCGUGGACGAAGACCGUUAUAAUGCCAAUGCCAUCACCCGACACAUGGUUGACAUGCCGUCAGCCCAGCAUGGUGCUCUGCAUUUCACCACGGAAGGGAUGAUGGCGGGCGCAUUCUUCAUGAAGAAACUCCGAGACACGAACUUUGCAUACCCCUUCGCCGACGCCGACGGCCCAAUGCAGUAUGCGUAUCGGCUGAUGGGCGAGGACCAGCUGGCGGCGCAGCACACGUACUCGAUCAUGGAGGCGCAAGGGCGCAUGGGCAGCUUCAACCGGUUUAUGGUGGGUAAGUUCUUCAAAGCCGGCACCUUCCCCGAGCGAGCGCAAUCCUUUGGAUACGAUCUGCGGGCGGCCCUGAGCGAGCCGGGCGCGGUGGCGAUGGUCGACAUCGGCGGGGGCAAAGGCGAACUCCUGCUCGAAGUCCAGGCCACCUUCCCUCACCUGACGGCGGAGAACCUGGUGGUGCAGGAGUUCAACGCGGAGAUUGACGAGGUGCCCGGGCUGCGUCUCAUGGAGUGGAAUUACAAGGAAAGUCCGGCCCAGCCCAUCACCGGCGCCCGCAUCUAUACCCUCCAGCAUAUCCUGCAUAACUUGCCGGACCUGGACGCGGUGGCGUUGCUGCAGAAGUUAUCACACGCCAUGGCGCCUACGUCGCGUCUGCUGAUUAUCGAAUACGCAAAGAACGCGACGUAUACUUCCUUACAUGCGAGUAUGAUCGCCUUGUACGGGGGCCGGGAGCGCAGCGCGGCGGAGUGGCGGCAGUUGGCCAAAGUGUCGGGGCUUCAGGUCACUUUUGAGAAAUAUGUGGCGGCGGGGGAGUCGUUGGUGGAGAUGCGCAAGGCUCAUUGA